AUGAAGAAGAUAGCUAAGCAGUCAUCAAAACCUGAACAGUGCUAUCGAUGCGAUUAUCCAGAGUGCAACAAGAAGUUUACUCGUCCUUACAACUUAAAGUCGCAUAAACGAACUCACACUGCCGAAAAGCCUUUUCCUUGCCAGUUUCCUGGAUGCAACCGUCGCUUUGCUCGCCAGCAUGAUCGAAAUCGCCAUAAUAAGCUUCACUCCAACGUUAAACCCUUCAGUUGUGAAUACUGCCAUAAGGCCUUUGCAAGACAAGAUGCUCUUAGCCGACAUCAGAGAGUGGUAGGAGCUCCAUGCUCCGUGGUUGCUUUGGAAAACCGUAAAGUCAACCGUCUUCGCAAGUGA